AUGAACUUUGUGACGUUCAACCAGGACUAUAGCUACCUGGCUGUAGCUACCUCCAAGGGAUUCCGUAUAUUCACCACAGAUCCCUUUGCGAAGAGCUACGAAACCAAGGAUGGCAACAUCGCCAUCAUCGAGAUGCUCUUCUCGACCUCUCUAGUGGCGCUUAUACUCUCACCUCGUCGUCUCCAGAUCACAAAUACUAAGCGGCAAUCUACAAUAUGCGAGUUGACCUUCCCAACCACCGUCCUCGCUGUGAAACUGAAUCGAAAACGGCUGGUUAUUGUCCUCGAGGAUCAGAUCUACCUCUAUGAUAUCCAAACCAUGAAACUGUUGUAUACGAUCGAGACUUCACCGAAUCCGAAUGCCCUGUGCGCUCUGUCACCGUCUUCUGAGAACUGCUAUCUCGCAUAUCCUCUGCCCCAAAAGGCAGCCCCUUCGUCUUUCAACCCUCCCGCUCAUGCGCCCCCUGGAAACACGCAUGUGUCCCCGACAAGUGGCGAGGUCCUCAUAUUCGACACCUUGAAACUUGAAGCUAUCAACGUGAUUGAAGCUCAUCGAUCUCCGCUGGCAUGUAUUACGCUCAACAGUGACGGUACCCUGAUUGCGACUGCUUCAGACAAGGGAACUAUCAUUCGAGUGUUCUCUGUGCCAGACGGCCACAAGCUAUAUCAGUUCCGGCGCGGCUCAAUACCGUCAAGGAUCUUCAGCAUGUCCUUUAACACGACGUCAACUCUUCUUUGCGUCUCGUCAUCCACUGAGACCAUCCACCUUUUCAAGCUAUCACAACCAUCACAGCUCCAAGAAGCUUCACCAACGAAUACCUCAACUACGGGACGACGACGUAGUCUGAGCUCGCUCAGUCAAUCCACGGACCGGGAAGGUACAGACGAGGACACCGGCUCCUCAGACCUAGCAUCCCGGAAGCACAAUGGAACUUUGAUGGGCAUGCUACGUCGCACGUCACAAAACGUUGGCGGCGCUUUUGCGGCCAAGGUGGGUGGUUACUUGCCCAAGGGCGUCAGCGAGAUGUGGGAGCCAGCGCGCGAUUUCGCCUGGAUAAAAAUUCCCAAGCCGAACCAGGGACAGGGGCCAAAUGCAAACGCAGGCCCGUUACGGAGCGUUGUUGCGAUGAGCAGCAAUACGCCCCAGGUAAUGGUUGUCACUAGUGAUGGCAACUUCUACGUCUUCAGUAUCGACCUGUCUAAGGGUGGCGAAGGGACGUUAACGAAGCAGUACUCGUGA